CCAGUGCACGCGAGGACAGCCGAGAAGAGGUACUCGAGGUUCCCCCGUCUUUCUCGCCACUUAGUAGGACGUCAUUGCCGUUUCUAACGGGCGUGCUUGGACACUGUAGCUUCCAAUUAAGAGAACAUAGGUCCUCCGAACCCUUCGAAGUUAUGUCCAUGGCGAGACUGGACGAACUGGGGGCGCGGGUGUUGCACCAGGUUCUUCCAUGCGAAAUGGAUUGCCGCGAGUGUUCAUCGCUGGAAUGUGUAGAAUGAAGGUUUUCAGGAGACUCCAAACGCAGAGAUGUCGGUGCCUUUGCUCAAGAUCGGGGUUGUACUUAGCACAAUGGCUAUGAUCACCAACUGGAUGUCACAGACGUUGCCCUCCUUGGUGGGACUGAACACCACAAAGCUUGCGGCAGCGCCAGGAGUGCCGGAUAGGAGUACCGGAGUGUUGCCAGCCAAUCCAGAGGAGUCAUGGCAGGUGUACAGCUCAGCCCAGGACAGCGAGGGUCGGUGUAUCUGCACGGUGGUGGCUCCUCAGCAGGCCAUGUGCUCCAGAGACGCUCGAACUAAACAACUCAGGCAGCUGCUGGAAAAGGUCCAGAACAUGACUCAGUCCAUCCAGGUUCUGGACCAGCGCACGCAGAGAGACCUGCAGUAUGUGGAGAAGAUGGAGGUCCAGUUGCGAGGUCUGGAGACUAAAUUCCGACAGGUGGAAGAGAGCCACAAGCAGAACAUUGCCAAGCAAUACAAGGCCAUUAAAGCCAAAAUGGAGGAGCUUAGGCCACUGAUACCAGUGUUGGAGGAGUACAAAGCCGAUGCGAAAUUGGUAAUGCAGUUUAAGGCGGAGGUCCAGAAUCUGACGUCGGUUCUGAGCGAACUCCAGGAGGAGAUGGGCGCCUAUGACUACGAGGAGCUGCAGAACAGAGUGUCAGAUCUCGAGGAGAGGCUCCGCGCGUGCAUGCAAAAAUUAGCAUGUGGAAAGCUGACCGGAAUCAGUGAUCCGGUCACCAUAAAGACAUCUGGAUCAAGGUUCGGAUCCUGGAUGACUGACCCGUUGGCACCAGAUGGAGACACCAGGGUCUGGUACAUGGACGGUUACCACAACAACCGCUUCGUGCGAGAGUACAAGUCCAUGGCAGAUUUUGUGACGUCCGACAACUUCACCUCCCACCGGCUCCCACACCCCUGGUCUGGCACGGGUCAAGUGGUCUACAACGGAUCCAUCUACUACAACAAGUUCCAGAGUCACAUCAUCAUCAAGUUCGACUUCAAAACCUCCUCCAUCAGCAAAUCCCGCCCGCUGGACUACGCCGGCUACAACAACAUGUACCACUACGCCUGGGGGGGGCACUCGGACAUCGACCUGAUGGUGGACGAGGGGGGGCUUUGGGCGGUGUACGCCACCAAUCAGAACGCGGGGAACAUUGUGAUCAGCAAGCUGAACCCCAACACCCUGCAGGUGAUCAAGAGCUGGACCACCAACCAUCCCAAAAGGAGCGCUGGUGAGUCCUUCAUCAUCUGCGGCACGCUCUACGUCACCAACGGCUACACCGGCGGCACCAAGGUCUAUUACGCCUUCCACACCAACUCCUCCACCUACGAGUACAUCGACAUACCCUUCCAGACCACCUACUCCCACAUCUCCAUGUUGGACUACAACCCCAAGGACCGGGCGCUGUACGCCUGGAACAACGGCCACCAAGUGUUGUACAAUGUCACCUUGUUCCACGUUAUCCGCUCUGACGAGCUGUAGUUGACCCAGUGACUUUCUAUAUCACAAAAUGCUUAAAUGUGCAUCGGUUGUGCUACAGACAAAACGUAGAACCACAUACAGUAAAAAUAUCUAUUUGCAAAAUGAUAUUAAGUCAUAUUUAAAAAUUCUAGAAAUUUAAGAACAGAUGCCAAAAUGUCUCGCCUUUUUACGAUGUGAAUCAUAGCGAUUCUCUAGGUGACUGUUUCUGAAGCCUUAUUGCCUCUGAUCUUUGACCUUUGACCUCCGUGUCAGUGGGUGAAUGACCUUUGUCUGCAGAGAGGGUGGAGCCAUGAGAUCUGUAUCCAGAGUUACACAGAGGAUCCAGUCAUAUCAAUUUCAUCAAACAUGAAUAAGAAAUUUGUAAAAAAUAAAAAAAAACUGAAGAAAUGAAGGCAUUGACUGUUUGAGAUAGCUGUAUUUGUGAAUGUCUGUGAAUUUCCUAUAUUUCCUUCUGUUGUUUUUGCAUGUUCACCAUGUUGCUCUUCACUAAAUGUGUUCUGCUCUUUGUUUAUGUAAAAGAGGAGAGGCUAGUUUAGCGACUUCAGGAAAAUCACUGUUUGUUUUUGUUGUUCAGUUGAUUAGUUCCCUCUCAGAUCACCUGAAUGUUGAUAUUAAUAAUAUUACUGUGCUACUUUCUGUCACCAUUAGACGUGAUCUUUCGCAAAGAAGCUAUCUGGCUCAUAACUUUCCGUCCAACAAAACGUAUCACUAAAGAAUGUAUGAACCAAUGUAUUCACGAGGCACUGAGGUGUGGUUAGCAUCCCCAGCUCCUCGGUGUCAGUGUUCUGGCAGUCAAUGAGCCGCUGCCAGAUUUCUGUGUAGCUGUAUUUCUGACGUGCAUUGUAACUGCAAUGAGGUAGUUCAUAUCAAUAAACGGAAACUUUGGUCUACACAAA